CCAUCUCAGAGUCCUUCCCCAAACGGCCCCGGCCGAAGAUUCCGCCAUGGUGGACCAAGCGACGGUGUCGGAUGAUCCUUUGGCCAUCGAGGCUCUGCAUCAGGAGACCCGUGCGCUGCACGGGGAGGUGGACGAGUGUUUGGCAUCCCUGGAGGAAUGGCGGCAACGGCGCAAGAAGGACUUCGAGGUGUUUGAGGAGGAGAUGGGGAAGUACCAGUGGGAAAGGAUCGAAGCAGACUUGCAAUUGCUCGACAUGGAGGCCAGUGGCACAUCCUGGCAGCCAGUCGAUGCCGCUGAAGCCUUCUCAGCGGUUGCUACAUGCGGCACAGGCAGCGCAGCAGACGCUGCCACGGACGCUGAAGCAAGGGAUGCGGGCGACGUCGUCGCUGCUGCAGCGCCGGGCCCGGCCGAAAGCGAGCGCCUGGCAGCUUUGCGGGCGGAAGUGGAGGCUUUGCGCCGCAAAGAGGCGGAGUCAGAGAAGCUGCUCAGUCCUUCAGAGGUGCUUGGUCCAGAGUUCUCAGAGGAGGACUGGGAUGAGUUGGAGCAGAACUUGCUGCGGACUCGUGGGGAGGUAGACCAAGUGCAGGAGUCGAUCGCAUCAGCUGGCAACCAGAUGGCGCAGGAGUUGCAGGAAAUGGAGAAGAUGCUGGCGGAGUGCGAGGCGUUCCGCCUCCGUUGCCAUGGGAAGUGAGAUGAGUUACCACAGAGUGACGCUCCUUGCUCAGAACAGUGUCGCCGCGUUGACAGCGACAUCCUGGGACUUCAGAGCAGAGUUUCAUGGAGUUCCAGCCGCGGUUCCCCGCAGAGCGCGUGCUGGGCGCGGGUUUGGGCAUAUGUUUCAACACGAGACGUCGUGCCCUGCUGGGCGCGCGAGUGGAGAGUGGA